GAACGACGAAGAUGUCGAGAGUCAGACAACGUGGAUACGACUUUGAAACACAACCAGAGGAAACCUAUGGUUUCCAUCAGCCUUCUAGACCGGUAGAUAGGGAUAAGGCAGAGGCUGAGCUAGCACUCAAUAUCAAGAAAGCUACGAAUACAGACGAGACAGCUCCAAAGCAGAAGCAUGUCAGGAAGUGUAUAGUCUACACAUGGGACUAUCACAGCUCACAAUCAAUCUGGUCUGGUCUCCGCGUACAGCCAGUCAUGAGCGAUGAAGUACAGACUUACAAAGCACUGAUCGUCGUACAUAAAAUUAUACAAGAAGGUCAUCCUAUAACGCUCAAAGAAGUUCAACAACACGUAAACUGGUUAGAUACUUGCUCACGUACAGUUGGUAACUUCGGCCUUGGAUACGCUCCUCUCAUUCAAGCCUAUGUCCAAUUCAUUAUGUCCAAAUUACGCUUUCAUAGACAUCACCAAGAGUUUAACGGUUUGUUUGAAUACGCCGAGUAUAUCACUCUUAAGGGUGUUGAUGAUCCAAAUGAGGGUUAUGAAACAGUAGCUGAUUUGAUGAAUUUACAAGAUGGCAUUGAUUCAUUCCAGCGUUUAGUUUUCAUGCACUUGCGCGGUAUAUCAAACAACGAGUGCAGGAUAUCCUCCCUUGUUCCACUCGUCAAAGAAAGUUAUGGUAUUUAUCGCUUUAUCACCUCCAUGUUGAGAGCGAUGCAUAGACGUGUAGACAAUGCUGAUGAGGUCCUCCAACCGCUCGUACAACGCUACAAUGGCCAACAUCAUCAACUUCGCAAAUUCUACUAUGAAUGUUCCAACCUUAAAUACCUCACUUCCUUAAUCAACGUCCCAAAAUUAGGACAGGAUCCACCAAACUUGUGGCAAGAUCCAGAAGGCCAUGCUGCGAUGGCUGAACGCAAGGCAGCUCAAAAGUCACCAGCACCACCUCCAGCUGCACCAGCUACACCAUCUGUCGACAUAGCCGAACAAGCGCGCAUGUUGAAAGAAUAUGAAGAUCAACAAGCUAAAUUACAAGCAGAGCGCGAUGCACAGGAAGCUCAAAGGCAGGCUAUGAUGGUCCAACAGCAACGUGAAUUCGAAGAGCAGCAAAUGCUUCAACAACAGCAACAGGAAAUGGCCAGACAGCAACUCUUACAACAGCAAGCCGCUCAACAACACAUGGGUGUAGCUGCAGAGAUGGAACGUCAGCUCUUGGAAAUGAGAGGUCAAUUUGAGAGGGACCAGAUUAUGCUCCAGCAAUACGACCAACGCGUCAAGGCACUCGAGACUGAGUUAGCUGCCAUCAAUGCCAAUGUUGGAGCUCAAAUGAUAGGGAAGGAUGAACUUAUUAAAAGCUUGCAAGACCAGAUCACCAUGUGGAGAAAUAAGUAUGAGGCACUUGCCAAACUUUACUCUCAGCUGCGUACCGAACAUCUUGAUAUGCUUGGAAAGUUCAAACAAAUGCAACUUAAAGCUAAUUCUGCCCAGGAAGCCAUCACGAAGUAUGAGAAAAUGGAACGCGACGUUAAGGCGAAGAAUCUUGAACUCGCAGAUAUGAUUCGCGAGCGUGACAGAGCACGUUUCGAUCUCGACAGACUCAAGUCAAGCCAAAAAGACGAACUCAGUCGUCUCCGUCGUGAUCUUGAUUUCGCAAAUGAGAGAGCAGAAGAUGCAACACGUCACCGCUCAACGGAAACAUCAUCCAUGAUUAGCAGAUACAACCGUCAACUCAAUGAACUUGAGGAUAGUCUUCACGUGAAGCAAACACAAAUCGACGAAUUGCUCCACAAGCUUGACAUAGCCAAUGGUGAAGCUGAUAGAGUUCGUGAAGAGAAGGAUCAAGAAAUUGCUAUCAUUCAAGAGGGAAUGGAUUCAACGAUCAACAAACUCGGUGAAAUGCAAUUAACACAAGGUGAAUCAGAUCAAGCACUUAACGCUCAAAUCGAUCUAUUGAUUGUCGAUCAUGAUAAGAAACUGAAGCAAAUUAUCGAUUCUAUUCUUCAAGCAUGUGUUCAUAAAAUUGAUGACGUUAACUAUGAAUUGGAAUCAUCGAUACAAACUGGUAAUCAAAAUGCUACACCUGAGUAUACGCUUUCAAUGAUAGAAAAAGCACAAUCUGUUGCAUCCGAAUUCGCCGUUACUUUCACCUCCUUCAUUGCACCAAAGCAGACAGCCGGUCAUGUUGAUGUUAUCAAGAUUGCAAAUGAUUUAUCACAAACAAUUUGUGAAAUAUUGUUAAAUGCCAAAGGUGUUUCUAGAUUAGCUAAAGAUGAUGAAGCCAGUGAUGCACUUAUCAAAGGUGCAAGAAAAGUUGGUGAUGUAGCAGCAAGAGUUUUCUUGGAUGUGCAAUCAUUCAGAUUGGCUUUGGUUCCUUCAGAGCAGAGAGCUUUAGUCGUCGCUAGAAAGAACUCCGAUUGUCGUGAAUCACUUAACGAACUUUCAGAUAUCCUCGAUAGCGCGAUACCAAAAGGACGUACUGAGUUAUCGAAAGCUAAUGGAGAAAUUGGUGAUAUAGUUGAAAAAGAAAUGCUUGCAGCUGCGAACGCAAUCCAAGCGGCGACUGAGAGAAUUCAAGCGAUGAUGCAAGCUGAUAUAUCAUCAAGAUAUUCAGGAUUAGACAAGAAUGUACAUGAUAGUAUACUCGAAGCAUCCCUCGCUAUUACGAACGCAAUCGCGAGAUUGAUCCAGGCUGCAACAGAAUCACAGAAGGAGAUUGUCGCACAGGGACGUGGAUCGACGAUGUCAGCUCAACAAUUCUACAAGCGUAACAACAGAUGGACUGAAGGUCUGAUAUCUGCUGCUAAAGCUGUUGCUUUCGCAACUAACCUCCUCAUCGAGGCUGCUGAUGGCGUCCUUAAUGGAUCACACUCAUUGGAGCAGCUCAUCGUAGCAUCUAAUGAGGUUGCUGCAGCGACUGCCCAACUAGUAGCUGCAUCAAGAGUUAAAGCAAACUUCAUGUCGAAGACACAAGAGAGAUUGGAAAUUGCAGCAAAAGCAGUCACAGAAGCAUGUAAAGCUCUCGUUCGUCAAGUUAAAGCUAUCUCCGCAAAACAAGCACAAGAUGCCGAUGCCAACAUCGAUUGGGCUCAAGUACCAACCCAUGAAUUCAAAGUCAGAGAGAUGGAACAACAAGUUGAGAUACUCAAAUUGGAGAAGGAUUUGUCAUCCGCGAGAAGAACUCUUGGUGCUAUGCGUAGAGCUGGUUAUAGGAAUGAAGAUGAUGAUACCAACUAAUGAAAAUGAAAAUUGUACAUAUUUUUUUGAUUUAAAAAUCAAUGCUAUCUAUAAGCGUGGCAAUAAUCGAACUCUGGAUCGCCAUAGAAAGAUUGUGAUGAUCUGAUUGCUAAAUAAUGACAUACUGCUGCUGCGACAACAAAGAAGUGAAAAAUUUGAUGCGAGGCUCCAACAUAUGAGAAAUUAAACUUGUGAGAUAAAUAAGCCUCUGGGAAUCUACAUGCGUAGAUCGUUGCACCAAGAAUAUACAUCAUACCUGAUAGAACGACAUAAUCAAGUGCCAUUGUGCGCAUCACACCAAGUCCAUCAUUAGCGAUAGCGUGAGUGAUUGGAAGAAUCCCAGACAAUCCGAGCGCUAUGAAUACUGUCGUACGUGCUUUUCUGAAUGCUGGUCGCCUGUAAUGUGGAUGGAGGACUAUGUAAAGAGCGACAGAGGAAGCAAUCAACAUUGAGGCGAUGUAAAAUAUCUGAAACGCUGGCGAGCAGUAAAAGCCAUAGUAGAGACACGGGACGAAACUACCAGCAAUAAGAAUGCAUAUACCAGCAUAAUCUAACGCAUGCCAAGUAUUAGCAAACUCCUUCGAAUGGUUCGAAAACGUAUGGUAAAGGAAGGAGAAGCUCAGACAGGUGAUAGCUGAAAGUAUGAAUAUCGUAAAGCCAAGGUAAUCUUUCCAGCCAUAGUUCGGAUGUUUCCUGUGGAAUGUGUCUGUCGAUAUCGCAACCAAAGCGAGAAGGAAGAAGAUAGCACCCCAGAGGUGUGAGUGUAUAUUAAGAGACUCAUUGUGUAUACUAUUGAAUAUCGAUCUCAGUGAUUGCUUCACUGAGUGGGAAACUGGUCUGUAUCCGUGUGUGAUAAAGUUGUUAUCCUUCAUCCAUUCCGGGAUAUCGUUGUAAGUGAGUAGACCGUUGGGUUUUGUAGAUUUUUUAUUUACUUCCUCCUUUGUAGCGCGUCUCCGCAUUCUGACAGUUC